AUGAGUAACUCAAGAAAACUCAKAAGUGAUAUGUGGAGAUAUUUUACAUAUGUUGAUGAGCAUUAUGCAAAAUGUGACAUAUGUAAAACUAAAAUUUCUCAUAAGACAACUAUGUCAAAUUUAAAAAAGCACAUUGAAAGAAAACAUCCUUUAAUAAAUUUACAACCUGAAGUAGAUGAUGAAAUUAACCAACCAAGUACUUCAAAUAGUGCACAAGCUACUACUCUAGGAUUACAAUCCAUGCCAACUAUAAGUAUACGUCAAGUAAAUCCUUCUACAUUAAUUGUGGAAGAAAAUGUUGACAACCCUUCCUCUGAAACCGUAGAGUCUUCAAAUCACAUAAUUAAAAAACGUAAAACAACAAAUACUUUGCUAAAUUAUAUACCAAGAAAAAUGACCAAUACAUAUCAAAGUCAGUUGGAUGAUAUUUUAUUAAAAUUAAUAUAUUUAGAUUGUCAACCUUUUAGUUUAACUGAAAAUGAAGGGUUUAAACAAUUUKUUCAUUUGUUAAACCCUGCUUAUAAACUACCAAGUAGGCAUAAGCUAUUAAAAACUUCAUUGCCAUUUGCUUAUGAAAAGUUAUUUAAUGAAACCAAAAUAAAAGUUCAGGAAGAAGCCUUAUCGGUUUGCUUGACCACUGACUGCUGGACUUCUAUAAACAAUACAAGUUUUUUAGCUGUUACUGCUCAUUAUGUCGAUCCGAAUUUCAAUUUAAAAUCAGUAUUACUUCAAUGUGCUCCUUUUACUGAAAAACACACAACUGUUACUGCUCAUUAUGUCGAUCCGAAUUUCAAUUUAAAAUCAGUAUUACUUCAAUGUGCUCCUUUUACUGAAAAACACACAAGUUUGAACUUAAGCAUAAUCAUCCAAUCAAUUAUUGAAGAAUGGCAAAUAAAGGAUAAAAUUGUACUUGUAGUGUCUGAUAAUGCUGCUAAUAUAAAAGGUGCAAUAAGUACACUAGAAUUAAAACAUUUUGGGUGCUUUGCCCACAGCUUAAAUUUGAUUGUGCAAGAAGCAUUAAAAACACAAUCAAAUUUAAUAAAURCUGUGAAGACGAUUGUCGGGCAUUUUAAGCGAARUUCAAAUGCUAACCACCAACUGAUGCUUUACCAGGAUAACUCAGGGGCAACACCAAAAAAACUACUGCAAGAUGUAGCCACACGUUGGAAUUCCACAUUUCAUAUGUUGAAUCGGUUUGUUGAAUUGGAAACCACUGUAAAGGCAACUCUAGCAAUAAUAGAUGCAGAUUUACAUAUACUUUCAUCUGAAGAAUGGAAGAUAUGUAAAGAGUUGUGUCUUGUACUCAAACCAUUUGAUGAAGUCACAAAAUUAGUAAGUGGAGAGAACUAUAUGUGUGCUUCUAUSGUUAUUGUUUUGAGCAAAGGAUUAGCUGAUGUAUGUGAAAAAUUGAAAAAUAAGCCUUUUGAUUCUUCAGUGAARGGAACUAUUAAAGUUCUACAAGAUGGCAUCAAUUAUCGAUUCUCUGAUUUAGAAAYGAGCAAUACCUUAAGAAUGGCAAGGUUCUUGGAUCCAAAAUUCAAACAUUAUGCUUUAACCAAAUCGUUAGGAGAUCAAACAAAAACAAAAGUAAUAAACGCAGUUGCACAACAUAUAARAAAUAACUCAAAUAAYACUGAAACAUUACCUGCAGUUCCCUCUGCAGAUCCAGUUGAAGAAAGAGAUAAAUGUUGUAUUUGGAAUAAUUUUGAUUCAAUGACUUCAGCAAUAACACCUCAGGGAACAAAUACGUCAAAAGCGAUCAUUGAA